CAAGGUGUGGCAUUAUCUGCCCAGAGAUUGGGCUGCAAUGCUGUUAUUGCUAUGCCUGUUACUACACCAGAAAUAAAGUGGAGAUCAGUUGAAAGACUGGGAGCAACUGUUGUCCUUGUGGGGGACUCAUAUGAUGAAGCCCAGGCUUAUGCCAAAAAGCGAGCUGAAGACGAAGGCCGCACAUUUAUUCCUCCCUUUGAUCACCCAGAUGUAAUCAUAGGGCAGGGAACAGUUGGAAUGGAGAUCGUGCGGCAAAUGAAAGGCCCAAUAGAAGCAAUAUUCGUGCCUGUUGGUGGUGGUGGGCUUAUAGCCGGCAUUGCCGCCUAUGUGAAAAGGGUUUUGCCAGAAGUGAAAAUUAUUGGAGUGGAACCUUUUGAUGCUAAUGCUAUGGCGUUAUCAUUGCACCAUGGCCAGCGAGUAGUGUUGGAUCAAGUGGGAGGUUUUGCUGAUGGUGUAGCAGUCAAAGUGGUUGGUGAAGAGACGUUUCAUCUUUGCAGGGAACUGAUAGAUGGGGUAGUUCUUGUUAGCCGAGAUGCAAUUUGUGCAUCAAUAAAGGACAUGUUUGAGGAGAAAAGGAGCAUUUUAGAACCAGCAGGUGCUCUUGCAGCUGAAGCGUACUGCAAGUACUACGGACUCAAGGCUGCAAAUGUAGUAGCUGUGACCAGUGGAGCUAACAUGAAUUUUGACAGACUGAGAUUGGUAACUGAACUUGCAGAUGUUGGUAGACGGAAGGAAGCAGUGAUGGCCACUUACUUGCCAGAGUCACCUGGAAGCUUUAAGAGAUUCUGUGAACUUGUGGGACCUAUGAAUAUUACUGAGUUCAAGUACCGAUAUUAUUCAGAUAAAGAAAAAUCUCUAGUGUUAUACAGUGUUGGUCUUCACACAGAAGCAGAAAUUCAUGCGAUGGUGAAAAGAAUGGAAUCAUCCCAACUACAUACGAUUAAUCUUACAGAAAAUGACUUGGUCAAGGAUCAUCUGCGACAUCUGAUGGGUGGCCGAUCAUAUGUUAAAGAUGAGCUCCUGUGUCGUUUUGUUUUUCCUGAGCGGCCGGGCGCUUUGAUGAAAUUUUUGGAUGCUUUGAGUCCUCGUUGGAAUAUAAGUUUGUUCCAUUACCGGGCACAGGGAGAAAUGGGUGCAAAUGUGUUGGUUGGUAUCCAAGUGGCUGACACUGAGAUGGACGAGUUCCGAGAUCGUGCAAACAGUAUUGGGUAUGGCUAUGAAGUUGAGACCAGAAAUGAAGCUUUCCAGCUUUUAAUGCGAUGAUAUGGGUGACUUAUUUCUAUGACUAUGAGGUGCCUGACAUAUCAUUUCAGGCGUAUAGAUCCAUGCAGGUUUUCUGAGAUCGAUGCUCCUCUGCCUGUUAUUGAUAUCUUUGCUGCAGGGGCUAUGAGUUUUUAAUUUACUUGACCCUUCACUUAAUCUUUCUAUGGGAUUUUGCAACAUCAAGAUAUGAUCCAGGUCGAAAGGAUUCACUUCAGAGCUAGUUCAUGUCGGUAACAUAGGUUUGUUUAAGGUAGGAUGUCCACCGAAAUAAAUUUGAAGAGUCUGAUAUGGCUUCUUGUCUGUGUGUUAUGUAUAACAGAGUGUGAUGUGAUGCUUUCUUUCUUCCGACAUAUUGGCCUGUAACAUUACGUUGAAUUAAGUAUGGGUUUCCUUGAUGA